AUGGCUGACGUCGAGUAUGACGACUACGAGUAUGACGACGUCAACAUGACCGAUGCAGAGUACGAGGAUCUGCUGCGAGUGCCACUCCUUUGGCCACAGACGGUCGAGAAGACCUUUGUCGUGGUUCUGUUGAGUAUGAUGGUUAUCGGCGUUAUCGGCAACACAUUGGUGGUCGUCGUGGUCAUAUCAAAGAAGUCCAUGGUGAAGUCUUAUGUCUGA